UUAUGGAAACUAUGCGACACGAAACCAACAUGGCGCAUGGGUUGUCUUGAGAAUAUAGUAACUUUACAUAAUAUUGCAAUUUAGCCUUGUUUUAAAUUAUCAGCCAUGUAUCUUUGGGGACGCGAUCAAGGUGGAGGUAGGUCCGGAGGGAGACCACCGACAAAUAACCCUGGACCUGGCAAUUCUAAUCAGGCCAGCAUUUUGAAUCAAAUGUCUGCACAAGAGAAGAUGAUAGCAGAAAAGAAGCGUCAGAUUCAAGAAAAAUUGGCUAAAGCACAAAUGAAACAAUCUGAAAAAUCCGAUACCGAUCCUGGCGUUCAAAUGAAACCAACAAUGCCGUUGUUUGGAAGGCGCCCAGGUGUAGGAUUAAAGGGUAAGCCAGCAAGGGCUGUUCCUGUCUUGAAAUCAGGGGUAAUUCCUAAGAAAACCGUUGCAAGUGAACCAAGUGAAACCAGCACUUAUUUUGCUGAGCUGACAAGAUUGCAGCAAACACCAAUGGCAAAUACAGCAGUUCCAGGAAAAAAGGUGCAGAGUGCCGCACUCCUAGAGGCCGUCAGGGCUCGGGCCAGAUUUGGUAACAUCACCGGAGAAAGUGAACCACCUCAACCUUCCCCACUGCCCCGUCCACAGCCAGAAGCGCAUUACAGACGUGAACGAUCACGAUCACGAUCCAGGUCAAGGUCAAGGUCACGGUCAAGAUCUAGAUCUAGAUCUGGAUCAAGGUCAUACAGCCAUUCCUCCAGUAGUCGUAGCAGGAGCCGGAGCCGAAGUAGAGGGAGGAAAAGAAGCCACAGUAGUAGAAGCAGUAGUAGAAGUAGAAGCAGGAGUUCUUCCCGAAGCUCUAGUUAUUCUCGUAGCAGGAGCAGGAGCCCAAGUCGUCACAGUCGAAGCAGGAGUCGUGAUAGGUAUCAGCGUAGCCGUGACAGAGAUCAUGGAGGAUAUCGAGGUCAGGGCAGCAGAGACUAUGGCAGGCAGAUCAGCAACAAACAGGAUAGAUACCAAGAAGCGUAUGAUCCUUCUGCACCCACUGAAGAUAGUCCAGUUAAACAUGAAAAAUUAGCUUUUGGAGAUCCAGGAAAAAACUCGCCUGUGAUGCCAGUAGCCUUCUCAGUUGGUCAUGGCACUGGUAACAUCCAGCACAGACCAGCACAAAUGAGCCUGCAAGCACCUGCCCGCCCAGACAUAGGGCAGUAUGGGACACCCAUCGAACCGGUGUUGAAAAAGGAGAAGCUAUCAGAUGUUUUUGACCUGCAACCUGCAUCUCAAGCUACAGUCUUACCACCAGACAACCCCAUCACACGUGAGGCCUGUGACAGGCUGGCAGUGCAGAUUGUUGAGGGUGGUCCAGAACUGGAGGAGGUCUUCAGAGAGCAAUACAGAAGUCAGCAUGCCAAAUACUACUUUUUAUAUGACACCUCAUGUGAAGCAUACAAGUAUUUUCAUCAGAAAAUCUGGGAAAUGUCCCGACUAUCCACAGACACAGGCAACGCAGCGGACACGGAAGGAGACAGAGAGGGGACAGAGGACAGGAAGCAAGUAAGGAGGAAGAAGCGUAGUCGAUGGGGUGAUGAUGCUGGUGCUGCUGUACCGCCAACCUUGCCUGUACCAGGUCUUGCUAAUCCUGUUCUGGGUGCCCCUGGGGUGGUAAAUCCUCAGCUAGGGGCACCAGGGUUAGUUACUCCCCAGCUCGGUGUUGGAGGCCUUAUAAAUACAGUUGUCCCUCCCAUGCAAGCCAUGCCGGCCAGACAUGUGAUGCCCACCAUACAGGACUUUGCCCGCAAGAUGGUCGGCAGUGACGACAUCUCCCCUGAGCAGCUCAAACAGAUCCGGGAGCAGCAGGAGUUGAACAAGAUGUAUGAGCUGAUCCUGGCACAGAAGAAGGCAAAGGAGGCUGCGCUGAUGGCUGAUCUGCCGGGGAUGAAGGUGAAGCCCAAGUACGAGUAUGACUCGGACGAGGAUGUGGAGGGGGGUACAUGGGAACACAAGAACAGGAAACUUGAGAUGGAGGCCACCAAGGAAUGGGCAGAACAGCUGACAGAUGUAAACAGAGGGAAGCAUUUCAUUGGAGACUUCCUGCCUCCCCAGGAACUGGAGAAAUUCAUGGAGACUUUCAAGGCACUGAAGGAAGGCCGAGAGCCUGACUACUCCGAAUACAAGGAGUUCAAGUUGACGUGCGAGAACAUCGGCUAUCAGAUGCUGCAGAAACUGGGCUGGAAGGAGGGGGAGGGUCUCGGUAACGAGAACCAGGGCAUCACUAAUCCUGUGGGAAAAGGCCAAACUGCCGUGGAAGGGAGAGGCCUGGGCAUUGAGAGGCCAGCCGAGCUCGGCAGAGAUGAUGAUGAGUUUGAUGCAUAUAGGAAGAGAAUGAUGCUGGCAUACAGAUUUAGGCCGAAUCCACUGAAUAACCCCAGGCGUCCAUACUACUAAGUCUUCACAGUGGUGGGAGAGGAUAACAACAAUGGAGGGCUACACAGGCAUUGAUCACAGUAGUUCAUAAUGUUUGUCUCAACAUUAUACAAAUGUAUUCCAGGUCAAUGAUGAGAAGAACAUUUCUUCUUGAUCAGUGGUUGGCUUUCAUUAACCCUGGCUUGUGUGGCUGAGUAACAACCUGCAGCUUCAAGAUGGUGUACAGCUUCACUUGUGAUGCUGGUAUUAUGGGUACCUGCAGCUCCAAGAUGAUGUACAGCUUCACUUGUGAUGCUGGUAUCUUGGGUACCUGCAGCUCCAAGAUGGUGUACAGCUUCACUUGUGAUGCUGGUAUUAUGGGUACCGUCAGCUUCAAGAUGGUGUACAGCUUCACUUGUGAUGCUGGUAUUAUGGGUACCUUCAGCUUCAAGAUGGUGUACAGCUUCACUUGUGAUGCUGGUAUUAUGGGUACCAUCAGCUCCAAGAUGGUGUACAGCUUCACUUGUGAUGCUGGUAUUAUGGGUACCUUCAGCUUCAAGAUGAUGUACAGCUUCACUUGUGAUGCUGGUAUUAUGGGUACCUUCAGCUCCAAGAUGGUGUACAGCUUCACUUGUGAUGCUGGUAUUAUGGGUACCUUCAGCUUCAAGAUGGUGUACAGCUUCAUUUGUGAUGCUGGUAUUAUGGGUACCUUCAGCUCCAAGAUGGUGUACAGCUUCACUUGUGAUGCUGGUAUUAUGGGUACCUUCAGCUUCAAGAUGGUGUACAGCUUCACUUGUGAUGCUGGUAUUAUGGGUACCUUCAGCUUCAAGAUGGUGUACAGCUUCACUUGUGAUGCUGGUAUUAUGGGUACCUUCAGCUUCAAGAUGGUGUACAGCCUCACUUGUUAUCAUACACCAAAUAAGGAGGUGUAAGAUUUAAUCAGGUUUUCAUAUCAUUUGUGUUAUUUCUGUAAAUACUUUUUUAAUAAAGAAGUUGUUCAUCCAUAAAUUCUUAUCCUAACUACAUACUUUUUUAUUGUAAGUGUGAUUUGUUAUGUUAUUUUACCCAAUAGUGCUCACAGAAAACAAUCUCUACAAGUCCUGCCAGGAAAAGGUUGAUCAGGAAUAAAUUUAUUGACUAAAUUCAA